UGUCCCUUAGAUAAAAAUGACCUUUUUGCUUCUGCACAAGUCACGUGAUACUAAAUCGCUAUCCUUUGACGCUCCCUAUUAGCCUGCGCGCGCAGAAUAAAGUGGGACAUCUUAUAUUUCGCUGUUAUCAUGGCUAUGUGGACACAUAUUUUUGUGUAUAUUCUACUAUCUUCUUGUUUCCUGCAAUGCUCGGCAACCUCAGUACGUCUUGUUGGAGGAAGUUACAGCUGGGAAGGGACUGUUCAAAUUUACCAUAACGGUUGGGGGACAAUUUGUGAUGAUGAUUUUGCCCAUAAUGAAGCACGAGUGAUAUGUAGAAUGUUGGGUUAUUCUACAAGAGGUGCAAUUUCGUACCAAUCAGCACAUUUUGGACAAGGAAGCGGCCAAAUAUUGUUAGAUGACCUUUCCUGCGACGGAUCUGAGAAUGAUAUAGCUAAUUGCGGCAACAGAGGAUGGGGAACUCACAACUGUGGACAUCAUGAAGAUGCUGGAGUUCGAUGCGGUUAUUAUUGUCGGAACAGUCCGUGCAGAAAUGGAGGCACGUGCAACGAAGUAUCGAACAGUAAUACUUGUUCAUGUCGACCAGGAUUUGGAGGCAGCUUUUGUGAAUAUGAUAUUUCUCAUCGGAUAAUUGGAGGUACUGGUAAUUUUGAAGGUGUCUUAGACCUCAAUUAUAAUAGUAAUUGGGGAACAUUUUGCCGUAAUUCAUUCUCAGACAAUGACGCCACUGUUGUUUGUAAAAUGAGAGGUUUUUCAACCGGAGUUGUAGUAGAUGGAUCUCGCUAUGGACAGUUAGAUUACGGGACAAUAUGGACAGGAAAUAUGGGGUGUUCGGGCACGGAAUCUCAUGUACGGUUUUGUAGUAAAAUUACCCAAGCCUUUGAACACAAUACAGCAUGCAGUCAUAAUAACUCGGUCGGAGUAAUAUGCAGCAAUCACACAUCUGUAAGACUCGUCGGCAAUAUACUUCCAUCAGAGGGUCGAGUAGAGGUUCAUCAUAAUGGUGUUUGGGGAACAGUGUGUGGGGCUCACUUUACACAAAACGAUGCCAAUGUUGUUUGCCAUAUGCUUGGAUUUAGUAAAAACGCCCUGAGCUUUCAUAGGAAUGUGACAGGAGGGCAAGGGCCAGUUUGGUUAAACACCUUGGGCUGCUCUGGUAGUGAAGCAGAUAUCGAGUAUUGUAGUCAUGGAAGCUGGGAUAAUCACACUUGUAGCCAUACAAAUGAUGUAUCAGUAAAAUGCGAGGCUACAAAAGUUCGCCUUUUCGGUGGCUCGGGAGAUUGGGAUGGAACAUUGGAAAUAAAUUACGAGGGAAGUUGGCGAACAGUUUGUGAUCCAUACUUUGGACAGAACGAAGCACGUGUUGUAUGUAACAUGCUCGGAUACAAUUUAACUGACGUGAAACAUUACGUAUAUCAGUCCAAUUACUUCGGCGACACUAAAACUGGCUUUCUUGAUCAAGUUAAAUGUGUCGGAAAUGAGAAGGACAUAACUCAGUGUGUCUCUUCCUACCAGACCACGUGCUCGGCUUCAAAUGCAGUUGGUUUGAAAUGUGAUGGUAUACAAGUGCGUCUUGCGGACGGUCCACAUAAAGGUAUUGGUCGUAUAGAAGUGUUACAUAAUGGACAGUGGGGCACAGUUUGUGACACAAAUUGGGAUGAUAAUGACGCUGUUGUUAUUUGCAAAAUGCUUUCCUCAUAUCCCUUUGAGAGUAAUGUAACAGGAAAAGCGGUAUCCGGUUCAUUCUUUGGAAGAGGCAAUGGACGUGUCUGGUUGUCAGACGUACAAUGUACCGGAAGUGAGGUAGACAUUUCGAACUGUUCUAUGUCGUGGUCGAGUGGUGUUAAUUGUGACCAUUCCAAUGAUGCUGGAGUAAUAUGUGACUAUCCAUAUCAAAAACGAUUAGCAGAUGGAAGAUCAAAGUCACAAGGUCGUGUAGAAUUUCUCGAGUCUGGAACAUGGUAUUCGUAUUGUACUGACGGUUGGAACAAAACUGAUGCUAAAGUCAUUUGCAAAGAAAUAGGAUACUGGAAUACAGACCCUGUCGUUAGCUACAACUCAACUUAUGGAAAUGGUAGAACAACUUAUAUUGUUAAACCAAAAUGUGAUGGUAGUGAAGGUAGUUUUGAGAUGUGCAGAAUGGACAAGUUAUUUAAAAGCACAACGUGCUCUGUCUCAAAUAGUGUAGGCGUUGAAUGUAAGCCAAUUUCUGCCG